CAGAGGCCCCAUGGUUUCUCUCCGUCGUUCGUCGCCUUCACGUUUCUUUUUCUACUUUUUAGGUUUCGGUUUGACUUUGCCUUGUGCUGCCCGUUCAGAUCAACUUCUGCGUAGUCGGCAUGAAACUGGAAAUGUGUUUCGCUUCCUGUUCAGACUCGUAAAAUCCGUGAUUUCACAAUCGAUAUAUCUUCAGCAUUUAAGCCAUUCAGGAGACACACAUUGUUUUUUAUACGAUAAGUGAAAAUGUCAGACAAGAGCGUUUUCUGGUUAGUACUCGUCCUCUAACUGAACUGACAGCGCAGAAGAAGCCAUUCGCGCCGGCGGAAUCCCCAAGGAGGACACCGGAGACGCUGGCCAGGGUCCGUGUUUCUGCAUUGUAGAGAAAAAUGGAAAGAGCAAGAGUGUCGUAAAGUGAGAUCUUUGUUUGCUGGCUAAUAUACCCUCGCCGGCCACUUUAUUAGAACGGACCUUCAGAAGACAUGCCUCUACACUUCUGGCUGCUCCUCCUUCUGUCUCAUCAAGUUCUCUGGACCAAAGUCAAGUCGUCCUCCUACAUGCAUGAAAGCUCCUAUGAUGACGAUUAUAAGGGGUGCCAGCUAGAAAGAAAGAAAGAAGUCAAAGAGAGCUUCCUGACCUAUGAACUUAACAACAACACAGCCUUCAGAUGUGCCUGGAAUAAAGCAGAGGAAUACUGGAAAAGCAAGACAUUCCCUUCUGGUGUGGACAAGGAGGUACUCCUGGCUAUCACGGCCUACACAAGUAAUUCAUGCUACGCUAAGUUUAAUGAAGCUGUGGAAUCUGGCGUGUUUACAGUGAUGAACGGCCAUUACAGGUCCUUGCAUUUUCUGCUCACCAUGGCCAUGGAAAACUUCAAAGUUAACGCAUGUGUUACAUCUUAUAGAGGAGUAAUGGUAGAAAUUAGGCCAAAGAUAGGAGAGGCCUUUCGCUUUGGAAGAUUUGCGUCAUCUUCCAGGAGUCGUGCUGCCACUGAGGUAUUUGGAAAAAAAACAGUAUUCAUCAUCACCACGUGUUACGGGAUGGACAUUGCCCGAUAUUCUCUUUUCCCAUUGGAAAAUGAGGUGCUGAUUCACCCCUACGAAGAGUUUGAAGUGACAGCAGUCAAUAACAGUGAAGUCACACUGCUCUCCAGGAAGACCACCGUCAACUACAGAUGUGCUCCUCUGAGCGGUUCACCCAGGAUUGGCAUCACCACGCUGGAAGUGGGCCUGUGCACUUCUUUCAUUGUAGCUUUUCAGAUAUUCUUCAGUCCUUCUAUAUUGUAAUAAAGUUUAUACCAUUUUCUUAUGA